UCGGGCGGCUGGCAGGCGGGCUGGCGCCGGUCGCGUCGGCCGGCAGCAGGGCCCAUGUGGAAGCUCCUCCCGGCCGCGGGCCCAGCCCGAGAACCAUACAGACUUUUGACUGGCACUGAGUACAUCGUUGGAAGGAAAAACUGUGCUAUUCUAAUUGAAGAUGAUCAGUCAAUCAGUCGAAAUCAUGCAGUGUUAACCGCUAAUUUUGCUGUGACCAACUUGAGUCAAACUGAUGAAAUCCCUGUAUUGACAAUCAAAGAUAAUUCUAAAUAUGGUACCUUUGUUAAUGAGGCAAAAAUGCAAAAUCACCUUCCCCAAACUUUGAAGACAGGGGAUAGAGUCACCUUUGGAGUGUUUGAAAGUAAAUUCAGGGUAGAGUAUGAACCUUUGGUUGCCUGUUCUUCUUGUUUAGAUGUGUCUGGGAAAACUGCUCUAAAUCAAGCUGUGUUGCAACUUGGAGGACUCACUGUGAACAGCUGGACAAAAGAAUGUACUCACCUUGUCAUGAUGUCAGUGAAAGUCACCAUGAAAACGAUUUGUGCACUCAUUUGUGGAUGCCCCAUUGUAAAGCCAGAGUAUUUUACUGAAUUUCUCCAAGCAGUUCAGUCCAAGAAACAGCCUCCACAAAUAGAAAGGUAUAUUAUGUGUUUCUAAUUAACAACAUAUGACAGAAAAGAUGAGCGCAUUGACUUUCGGUUAAC